AUGCCAUCUUUUCCGCCCUCGCCGCUUCGAUCUCACGAUAUGCGAGCCUUCGACCCAUCAUCGCCGUUGACUAUUCCCGAACCUGGGCCACCGAAGGCACAGACCAAAAUAAACACAUAUGGCAUUCCUGGUGAAACAGAAGAUAUGCUUCCUGUCUUCGAUGCAUGUAUUCGUGUGGGAAAGUUGGAUAGAGCCGCCUUGGUUCUGAAGAGAUUCAAUGGCAUGGGCAUUCUCUCUGGAGAGGAGCGAAUUUUGCUCAACAACCAAUACCUGAGGGCUUCGCUGCAGCAGAUGCGCAACAGCCCAGACAGACGGCAAGCCGAAGAACUCCACAAAUGGUAUGAGCUUCAGAUACGGAACAAGGGCCUGCCGCAUACCGCCGAAACGAUCGCGUGCAUGCUCAAGGCUUCGCUGCUCUCAGAACGCGGCUCGCGACUCAACCGACUGGUGAAUAGAUACAUGGGCAUGGCCCCUGGCGAAUCCGGUCUUCGAGUUUUGAGCAUGGAUGACAUCCUUAGCGACCAAGAUCUGGCCGUCAUCACUGGAAUUUGCCCAACGUAUAACUUUACUGUAGAGACGGCUGAGUCCGCGGAAAUGUCAGAAUUUGCUGAACAAGACCUCGAAUUGAGAACAACAGAAGCGUCGAUCGAUCAAGCAGUUGAUGCUGUAUCAUCUGGCGAAGCAGCUGAGCUCGUGCCCACCCCCCAGCGUGGCAUUGGGUUGCAGUCGUUGAAAAAAGGACUUCAGCUACUUAGAGACCUACAAGAUGUGGACAUUUCGAAGAUGUCGGAUGAAGAUCGAAGCGAAAUUCAAUUGCAACUCGAGCGGGAUUCAAUAGGAUCCGCCAUCGACAGAUGGAGAGAGACUAACAAGAAUUUGGGGAAGAAGGGAAUCACGACUGCUGCUUCUCCAUCUUCGUCGGAAGGGUCGCUUUCCCAUCACAUGGCGAACUGGCUGGAUGCUAUGGAGAAGAAAUUAAUAGCGGAGAAGCAGCUGAUCAAAGUUUCUGAGAACAAAACCACUAAAUCGGAUCAGGAUUUGGAAAGGUGCCUUUAUGGUCCCCUAAUUGCCCAAGCAAACCCAGCCCGCCUGGCGGCCAUUACAAUCCUUUCCGUUGUCAACCUUGGAGCCGUGCAAGGCGCAGACAGAGGCGUUGUGGUCAGCCGGCUUGUUACCAACAUUGCAAAGCUUGCACAAGAAGAUAUCGAGACACAAGAGAAAGAGAGAGCUGAAGUCGAAGCGAGGCGUCGUAGGCGGGCUUUGCGCAAAAUACAAUUCUUGGGCACCGCGCCGGAUGCAGCAAAAUCCAAAUCGAACGGUUCCAGCAACGAAAGCACGAUUAUUAUUGACGACUCUGCCCAGGUUGCCCGCGAUCUAGAAGACGCAGCUCGCAAGCCAUGGUCUGUGUCUAUCCGUGCACAGGUUGGCUCAUUCUUAUUGAAGACUCUUCUCGAGAACGCUUUCGUGAAGGUCACGACGGGGCAUCCCACGACCAAGGAACCUGUCUGUCAAAAUCAACCAGCAUUCAGUCAUCUCCAACAACCUCGAAAAGGCAAAAAAGUCGGCGUGCUCCACUUCAACUCCCAUCUUGUUGAACAACUGAAAAGGGAACCUGUUGGCGACUUCAUUGCGAAGCAUUUACCGAUGAUUGUAGAGCCGAAGCCCUGGCGUCACUUGAACGAGGGCGGGUUCUUGGAUAGCAAAACCACGUUUGUUCGCGUGAAAUCCGGCGACAUAGAACAGAAAUUGUACACUAAAGCUGCUGUCGAAGCUGGAGACAUGGAGCAAGUUUUCAAAGGUCUCGACGUCCUUGGCAAGACUGCUUGGCGUAUCAACAAAAACGUGUUGAAUGUCAUGAUGGAAGCCUGGAAUACCGGAGAAGAAACCGCUAACAUGCCGCCGUUGAAUCCCGAGUUUCAUAUUCCCCCCGAGCCCGACUCGUCCGCGGACCCUCUACUCCGUAGAAGCUGGAUACAGGCCGUCAAGGCCAUCGAGAAUGAGAGAUCAGGUUUACACUCUCAGCGGUGCUUUAUGAAUCUCCAGCUAGAGAUUGCACGAGCAUACAGAAAUCAGACCAUGUACUUCCCGCACAAUGUGGACUAUCGGGGUCGCGCGUAUCCGAUGCCAACUUAUUUGAAUCACAUGGGCGCCGACCACACCAGAGCGAUUCUGAAGUUUGCUAGAGGAAAGGAGCUUGGAGAGCGAGGCCUUCGAUGGCUGAAAAUUCACUUGGCCAACUUGUACGGCCUGGACAAAUCAAGUUUUGACGAGCGAGAGGCUUUUACGAACGAAAACGUCACCAACAUUGUCGAUUCUGCCACGAACCCUUUGAACGGAAGUCGAUGGUGGCUCAAGGCGGAAGACCCUUGGCAAUGCCUGGCUGCAUGCUUCGAGCUGAAGGCUGCCUUGGAUCUUCCCGAUCCAACCAAGUUUGUCUCGCAGCUUCCAGUGCAUCAGGACGGUACUUGCAAUGGCCUGCAGCAUUAUGCGGCUUUGGGUGGUGAUACCUGGGGUGCAAAACAAGUGAACCUAGAACCCGGCGACCGACCGGCUGAUGUUUAUUCGGCGGUAGCAGAUCUGGUCAAGCAAGCCAUCGACAAGGACGCAAUGGCCGACAACCAAUUUGCGCUAGUGCUCCAAGGCAAAAUCACAAGAAAGGUUGUGAAGCAAACUGUAAUGACUAACGUGUACGGCGUUACGUUUGGGGGAGCCAAGAAGCAGGUUUGCAAGCAAAUUGAUGCUCUGUAUCCUGACUUGGGGAAAGAAUGCGGAAUUCCUAACAUGAUGCUCUCCACCUACAUUGCCAGACACAUUUUCAAUGCGCUAGCAACCAUGUUUCGCGGUGCUCAUGAUAUUCAAUACUGGUUAGGGGAGAUUGGUGGUCGUGUUUGUCGAGCGUUGACACCAGCUCAGCUGAAGGAGAUACGAGACAAUUACGAAAACGGCGAACGCAAGAAAAAGGACCAACUCGAUGAUCUUAUGAAAAAGUUUCGAUCCUCUGUUGUUUGGACGACCCCUCUUCGUAUGCCAGUCGUCCAACCAUACCGAAAAAGCACUGCCAGAGAGGUCAGGACCUGUCUUCAAGCUCUUGUCUAUCCGAUAAACGACCAAUCUGAUCCUGUCCAUACGAGAAAGCAACUCCAAGGGUUCCCACCAAACUUUAUUCAUUCAUUGGAUGCAAGCCAUAUGCUGCUUUCAGCGUUGGAGUGUCACGAGCAAGGACUCGAUUUCGCAGCAGUGCAUGACUCAUUCUGGACCCAUGCUGCUGAUAUCGACACCAUGAAUGGUAUUUUGCGAGAGGCAUUUAUCCAGAUCCACGAAGAAGACGUUGUCGGCCGACUAGCAACCGAGUUUGAAGCUCGACAUAAGGGUUCCAUGUACCUGGCCCACCUCGAUCCAUCGACUCCCGUGGCCAAGAAGAUCAAGCAGCUGAGAAGCAACAGCAAACUCUGUCCAAAGGAAGAGCUGGUCCUCGAGUACAAGCGGAACUCCCUCAAACUUUCAGGCAACCCGUGGGAUUUGGAAGCCGCCAAAAAGAUUGUAACUCCAGCAUCCGUCUAUGAAGAGAUGGCUGGUGCAGAAGUCGAUGUCAGCAUCAGUGCAGACACCAGAAACAUCGGCCUGGGCGAAAUUCCAGCCGAUGAGGAUACCCAGGAGGGCAUGGCCACGGUCGAUAUGAAUGAAGACUCAGAAGUCGAAGAAGAGAACUGGCACGAUGCCGCAGCCGUUUCUAUGCGGCUGAUGGAAAACAUGAAGACAAGCCACUUUGAAUCACAACUAGUUGGCGCCAAAAAGGAGAAAACAUCGAGCAAGCCUACCUCAAAACGCACGGCUGUGCCGGUUUGGCUACCACUGACCGUUCCAGCCAUUCCCAAGAAGGGUGAUUUUGAUGUAACUCGCCUUCGAGAGAGCAAGUACUUCUUCUCAUAA